AUGCCUUUAAUGCUAUCUCUAAGCGAUGUUCCGGACCUGACAGCCCUGGAACGUGUUGGUCCACGGGGCUAUCUACGCUAUGUGUUUCCUAUGCGUCUCGCAGAGAAUUACGACCGCGAUGAAGUCUUGAAAGUUCUUCAAGAUAGCUACAAAGCUGCGUGUCAUCGGAUCGGCGUCUUGGCGUCGGAAGCUGUACCAGACAGUGAUGCAAAACAGGCCAAUCUUCUCAAGUUACAGAGACUUCCCGACGAUCAGAUCGGAAAAAUGACCACCAGGGAUCUGAGAGGGCAAGGGCAGUAUUCCUGGACUUAUGCGCAGCUCAAGGAGAAUCAUUUUCCUCUCGAAGCUUUCGACAGCGAAUUGCUUAUGCCUGGACCUAUUUGGCCAGAGGCAGGGAAGCCGGUUCCAAUAUCUCUGGUGCAGGCCAACUUUAUUGAAGGCGGUGUUCUUAUCGGAUGGUGCAUCUUCCAUAUGGUUGGCGAUGCUACCACGUACCUUGUUUGGACCAAGAUCUGGGCCGAAGAAUGUCGUCGCUGCCAGGGAAUCCCAGUACCAUCUCCGUUGGUGAUCGAGGACGCCAUGAUAUCCGAUAGGCAACGCGUUUCAAAGCCCUCGGGCCAUAAUAAGGGACGAGCCGAGGACCACCCUGAGUACACUAUUCUUCCCUUCACUCCCCCGGGGCCGUCUCCAGCCAUGCUGAGUUCAACCUUUCGUGGACAGGUCUUUUACUUUUCGCCUUCAUCGCUCCAGGCCCUCAAGGCUAGGGCAUCGCCUGUCAAUACUACCGAACCCACGGACCAGAAAUGGAUUUCUACCAACGACGCCUUCUCAGCUCUCAUGUGGCGAACUGCCAUCGUCGUUCAGGCUCCAAUCGAGGAUCUCAAAGAUAGUGAGGAUCCAAUCUCCGUCUUUAGCAUCGCCGUAGAUGGUCGAAAGCGUAUGGACCCGCCGCUGCACCCUGAGACGCUAGGUUGCUUCUUGCAGUACAUCGCUGUCUCUGCACCUGUUCGCCAGAUACUGGGCAGUAUGAACCUGGCUGAUCUGGCUGUUCUAAUCCGGAAGGAAAUGCUACUGCGGCUUGAUAAUCAAUUCACCGACGACGUUGUCACGCUUGUCGAUCAGCUUGAAGAUGUUACCAGACUGGCCCCAACAGCAUUUCUCGAUGUGCUGGGCAAUACUUCAGUGCAGACAUCUUGGGCUGAGUUCAACCUAGCAACUGUGGAAUGGGGAAGCCUAUUGGGAAACAGAGUGGAGGCUAUUCGUUGUCCAAACACGGGUAUCCUUCCUGGAUGCCAUGUUGUUUUGCCGACCUUACCUGAUGGUGGUAUCGAGGUUGUGUUUGGGACUGAAGGUGAGCUGUUGCAAAAGGUGUUGGGAGAUAGUCUGUGGAUGGAGUUUGCUGAGGCGAGAUAA